AUGAACAUCCUUAUUGAAGCCGAUGGGAGUUGGACGCUAUGCCCUAUUGAUUUGUCCACAGUAGUUACUUGCUUGGUGAAUAAUGUGCGAGCUUUUGCCCAGGCAAUUGUGUACGUUAUACAAGUAGACCGAGAAUUAGAAUUUGAUCCAGAGAUCGAGAAGACUGCAAGAAGGUUGACCAAGGAGGCAAAGUUGCGUAGGCAACAAGAUUCAACGUCACCUUCAGAAUCUGAGCAAGAGUUUGUUCCCAGUGAUUCAUCAAGUGAAUCUGAAGAAGAAGAAGUGCAUAUCCCCCGAGUAGCAAUGGCAGCCCCAAAAACUUUGAGGGAGUUGGCAACCCCUAACGUGAACCAACAACCAUUAUGCAUUACAUUUCCUAACACGGAAGAGGCAUUUGAGCUUAAGUCUGGUCUUAUUCACUUACUUCCUACUUUUCGUGGUAUCGCAGGAUCCAUCACUACGUGGGAAGAAUUGAAGAGAAGAUUCCUGGAGAAAUUUUUCCCUGCCUCUAGAGCCGCCAAUAUAAGGAAAGAAAUAUGUGGAGUUAGGCAGGCGAAUGGGGAAACUCUAUAUGAGUACUGGGAGAGCUUUAAACAACUGUGUGCCAGUUGCCCACAUCAUCAAAUCCCGGACCAGCUCUUAAUACAAUAUUUCUACGAGGGAUUAUCACCCAUGGAUAGGAGCAUGUUAGAUGCAGCCAGUGGCGGCGCUCUGGUGAACAAGACCACAGACGAAGCCACGUUAUUGAUCUCCACCAUGGCUGAAAAUUCCCAACAAUUUGGAGUGAGAGCUGAUGGAGCAAUAAGAAGGGUCAAUGAAGUGAAUCACUCUGACUUAGAGGGUAAACUAUCUGAGCUUACCUCUCUGGUGCAUCAAAUGGCAAGGGGGCAAUUACAAUCUGUGAAAACUUGUGAUAUCUGUACUGCUCCCGGACACAUGACUGACAUGUGCCCAACUCUCCAGGAGGAUUCACCUGAACAAGCCAACAUAGUGGGAGAUUUUUCUGGACCACCUCCACGAAGAAAUGAUCCUUUUGCACCCAAUUACAACCUAGGGUGGCGAAAUCAUCCUAAUUUUAGCUAUGCUUCAAAACCCCCUGAUUUUCAACAACAUUUACAACCACGGCCACCAGUGCAACAACCAUCCACUUCCAAUUCAAACAUGUCUCUUGAAGAUAUGGUGAAGUCACUGGCCCAAAGCACGAGUCAAUUACAGCAAGAGGCUCAAAGAUCUCAACAGGAAUCUCACAGAUUUCAACAAGAGACUCGUGCUAGCAUUAGGAAUUUGGAAGCACAAAUGUCCCAAUUGGCAACUUCCAUGAGCAACCUGGAAAAUAGCAAUAGAGGGAAAUUACCAUCUCAAGUAAUUCCUAAUCCCAAGGAGAAUGCCAGUGCAAUGCAAUUACGGAGUGGCAAGGAGGUACAGUCUCCUAGGCGUGCCCACGCCAGAGAAGAAGAAGUGCCCAGGAAGGUGGAAGAGGAAGAAGAGAAACAAUCCUCUGAAAUCUCAAAGAAAGUUGACAUUCCUCCUUCUUUUCCUAGCAGGUUUACAAAAGCUAAAAAGGAAGAAUCUGAGAAAGAGAUUUUGGACACCUUCAGGAAAGUGGAUAUCAAUAUUCCUCUGCUGGAUGCUAUUAGGCAAUUGCCAAAAUAUGCUAAAUUUUUGAAGGGCUUAUGCACUAAUCGCAAUAAGUUGAGUCUGGAUGACAAGGUGAAGGUGGGGGAGAAUGUCUCAGCGAUGUUUCAAAGGAAGUUGCCCCAGAAAUGCAAAGAUCCAGGUAUGUUUACUAUACCAUGCAUAAUUGGCAAUCAAAGAAUUGAAAAAAGCAUGCUUGACUUAGGUGCUUCAAUAAAUGUCAUGCCUCUUUCAAUUUUUAAAGUUUUGAAUUUAGGACCCCUCAAAGAAACUAGGGUAAUCAUUCGACUAGCAGAUAGGUCUAAUGUCUACCCUGAGGGCCUAGUUGAAGAUGUUCUAGUAAAGGUCAAUGAAUUCAUUUUUCCUGUGGAUUUUUACAUUGUUGAUAUGAAUGAUGAAUACUCUACUAAUUCAGCAGUGAUUCUUUUGGGUAGACCCUUCAUGAGUACAACAAGGACUAAAAUAGAUGUACAUGAAGGAACUUUAUCUGUGGAAUUUGAUGGAGACAAGGUCACUUUCAAUAUUUUUGAUGCAAUGAAGCAUCCUGUGGAUACUGAGUCUGUAAAUUUUGUUGGCAUGACUAACAACAUUGUGCAAAAGAAUUUUGAAUAG